GUACAUUGCUUGGCUUUUUAGCACUUGGCUUGCAGCUAGCUAGCUGUCGAUAUCCGUCCUUUCUGCCUGUAAAACUGCUCGUGCAGUUAAAUAGUUGAAAGCGAACUUCCAGUUGACUCUUUUGACGUUAAUGCCUACAAAGAAAGUCUUGAACAUCGGAUCAAAGACAGAGGACUUGAUUGUGUCUGGUAUGAUGAAUGGAAACCAUACUUCAGCUGUGUGGAGAUGACCUGCCAGCCCUUUACGAAUGGUCAGAAUGGGGCCAGAUGUGCCCCUUCUUAACGAGUACAAGCAGGAGUUCUUCUGGAAACGCUUUCCUCAGACAGUGUUGGGCGGGCCGCGCUUCAAAUUGGGCUACUGUGCCCCACCGUAUGUCUAUGUCAAUCAGAUAGUGUUGUUCUUGACACCAUGGCUCUUUGGUGGCAUCAGUACUCUGCUCUGCCAGUUGCAGCUGCUCCAGGAAGUGCAUGCGGCAGUGCUCUCUGGCAUGUUUAUGUUUGGGGCGGCAGCAGGUGUCCAGGCCCUGGCACUGUUUGCUGCCCAUAGGAGUGGCACAGUGGAACGCAUUGGCGUGCCCAAUGUCCUGGCUGACGAAGAGGAAGUGGAAUUUACUCACUGUGUCAGUCCAGAGACUGUGAAAUUCAUUGCUCCGGGGAAGAGAUUUGGGCUGAACGUUGUUCUGCAUACAAUAUUGGCUGGGAUACUCUGUGGUUUUGGGACAUGGUAUGUGUUGCUUGGCAGACUGACUACUCUAUAUGGCAGCAUUGGUGUAUCUCUUGUAGUCUUUGUGUUGAGUUGGGUGACGUUAUGCAUAGCGGAAUAUUCCCUCAUUGUAAAUACUGCCACAGAGACAGCCACUUUCCAGGCACAGGACACAUACGAGCUCACCCCGCUCAACCGGCCCCUCUACAUUUUUAUAUUCAUCGCCGUGGACCUAGCUGAGAGAUUUUCAGCCCCUAUUCCUGAGCUCCAGCUGGCCAGUCACAUUCUCCAUGUGUUGUUCCUCUUCCUACCUCUUCUAUGGGCACUCGGUGUGCUGCCCCCCCUGGAUGCCCUGCUCCUUUGGGCCAUGGAGCAGACUCUUGUUUUUGGCUUAGGAGGCUCGCCCAUGUCCACAAACCUCAGGCUGCUGUUGAUGUUCACUAUAUCUACCAUUGUAGCUGUGUGCAACUAUUUCAUCUCAUCCACGCUGGUUGUGGUUCUUUUUUCCACCUCCUUGGGAUUUCUGUUGAGCCUAGACCUCAGUCACGUUGGCACACUCUGCAGAGGCUCUAGGGCAGCCUACAGAGACCAUGGGUUGCAUAAAGGAGUUUCACCAUCUCCUUAUUCCAGUUCCUUUGGCUGGAAUCUGGGCUGCAAGGAGCUGGCGCUACAUUUGAGCCUACUACUGGUUGCGACUGCAGAAGGAGGCCUAUUGAAUCACUUCCUCAGUUCAGCUCAGUCCCACAACUUGAAUAUGGGACCCCAGGCUCCUAUCAGCUACCUCCUCCUUGUACUUUUCUGCAUCUGCUGGGCUCUCGGAGAGAUCCAGGGGGUUUAUUUCUUUGGAGGGUUGUUUCUCAAUCCCCUCUACCCAAAAGGCAUGUCCACUGUGCAGACAUUCAAGAAGAGAAACCAAGGGUUAUACAGUGCUGCAGCAGUUCGGAGGGUCCUUCUUAAUGUCGUGUCUCCAUUUGCAAUGAUUGCUUUCCUUUCGAUGGACAAAUCCCUGCAGCUGCUCCAUAGUGCUUCUCUCAGUGUCGGCUUUACACGAGCCUAUAGAAUGGUGUGGCAGAGCUCUGAGGAUGCUCUGCUCCAAAUGGCGGUUGUGGUUCUGGUGCGACUUAUAGCUGGAAACAACCUGCUGCCAGGGUGGGAUGACCUGGGCACUGGAAUUCAGCUACUUCUGGUGGGUUUCCUAAUUGAUCGCCUCACCCAGUUUGUGGCUAAGCUUAAGUUCACCCUUACAGUCUUGGUGACUUCUUGGACAGAGAAGAAGCAGCGGCGUCAGUCGGCUGGAACCCUCCUUGCUCUGAACGCCUCCAUGUGGCCAUUGCUUCUGACUGUGGUGACCCUCUCUGCCCUCCUCUCUGCCCCUCUGCUUCCACUUUUCACCCUGCCUAUCUUCCUGGUAGGGUUCCCCAGACCGCAGCGCAGUUGGCCAGGGCCUGUAGGUACUGCCUGUCCCUGCCCCGACUCAGUCUUUUACCAGCAGAUGAGUGGAAGUUUGGCCUGUGCCCUGAGGACAGCCUUUGCAAGAGGGUCACUGGGAUCUUUAGCCCCAGGAUCUCAUUUUCUUGGUCGCUUUCAAGACCGCAUGGUUUGGAUUGUGAUCCUUGAGAGAGGAUAUGGCUACUGCACUGCCAACGUUAAGGGUUUGGAGCUCCAGGAGACAUCUUGCCAUACAGUGGAAGCACGCCGGGUAGAUGAAGUGUUUGAGGCUGCCUUUGAGCGCCCUGAAAGGCUUGGGUUUAUCCAGGGUGUUAAUCUGCAUUGGGCAAAUGCUCUCACCCCUUGUGCGGCCCUUCCUGUGAGAGUCUACUCUGAUGCCCGGAAUGUGCUCUCUGGUAUCAUUGACUCUCAUGACAACCUGAGGAAACUCCAGGAUGACUUUCUGAAAGCACUGGUGUGGUUGCUGCUCAGAUACUGUGUUCAGAAGCAUAAAGGAUUUCAUUGGAGCAGUGAUGAAGGCCCAGGGAUAGGGGCCAGGAAGUCUCAGUCCUCCCAGCUGGCACAGACUACUUGUAAUCAGCCACCUGAUGCUGUUGUGGUGGAAUCCAAUGUAUCUUCUCUCAGGUUCAGACAGGACAGUUCUAGCUUGACCUCCUUUGGUGAUUGGUCAGAUGAGGAUGACUUAUUUGGGCCUCAACCAGCCAGGCGGACAGUGGCAUUAGUAAGUGCAGAGUCUCAGCCUGGGCAAACUGGACUACAGACUGGGGCUUCUCUUCCAGGCUCUGUAGAGAUGGACAGCCUUUUUGAAAACAUGGCGCUCUCUGCCCUGCAGCCACUGCAACCUUUGGGACUGGGCCUUGGAAUGCCAGCUGUGGAUAAAGGCCAUAAUCCAGAAAUCUUCAGAGACAGCCCUGGGUCUCUCCCUCCUCUUAAGUUCAGUUGCCCCCAGUCAGAGGUAUUCGACUUACCAACAGGUUGGAGGACAGCCCCGUUGCUACCAUCCCGCUUGCUGCAUCUCAAGCCUUUGUUCCCUGAUGACUGGUUUCAGUUUAGCUUGGGGAGGUUUGGACCUACCGUGCAGGUCGAGGCCUCAGAGGACAUGACCAAAGCCCUGAAAGAAGAUGAGGCCUUGAAAGAUCUACACACUCAGGUUGCACUUUCAUGUCUCAUCUCACUGGGGGCUGAUUCUGCAUUCACAAGCCCCAGUUAUGUCUUCAGGGUCUAUUGUGGAGAUGUACCAUGGACAGAAGGACUUGACUGGCUAUCUUCAAGUAAAGAACUUUACCAGCUUGCUCUGAGGGCAUUCAGGUUCAGUUUCAAGCUGCUUUUUGACCAGGCAAGCUUGGGGCCCAUGGAGUGUCCUGAGGAAUUAUUCAGCACGUUGGAGGAAUAUGAAAGGGAUUGGUAUAUUGGCCUUGUGGCAGAGAAAGGCUGGCACGACUGUGUUCUUCAGGAGAAACCCUUCCUAUUUUCUUUAGGGCACGACCUUGCUAUGGGCACCUACACAGGGCGGGUCCUGUCCCUUCAGGAACAGCUGGUGCAGGUGGGCAGGCUAAACGGAGAAGGUGUCCGUGGCCAGUGGGCAAACCUUUCAUGGGAGCUCCUCUAUGCAACUAAUGAUGACGAGGAGCGCUACAGCAUCCAAGCUCACCCAUUCAUGCUAAGGAACUUAACAGUCCAAGCAGCUGACCCCCCACUGGGGUACCCCAUUUACUCUUCUGCCCCACUCCAUUUUCCCUGCCUCUGACUGGCACCUUCAUCAACAUACAUCCUGCAGAACUGACUGAUGAGGGAAAAAUAAUCAUUCAUGUUGGUACACUCAAAGCAAAAUAUUAAUGUCCGAAGUAAGUGGUAAUCAUUAAGAACAUAAUGUGGAAGGUCUGCUGAAGUUAAGAGAAAAUAUUAAAAAAAAUUUCCACAUUUGCUUAUUGCAACUGUUGAUUCAGAGUAUGCGUAACAGCCUACUUUCCCCAUAUUAAUGAGCUUUUUAGUGUUUAAUUUUCCACCACACUAAUAUGAAAUCACUUUCAGUUUAUCUUGAGUUUUUGUGUCAUAUUCCAUGCAGAUUACUAUGUUUUCCAGCAAUUUUGCACCAGCGUAUUAGUUGCAUCUGUCUAAAAACAUGUUGCAUAGG